AUGAUUUCAUUCCAAUCCCUAACUAAAUAUAUCUUUACAUUUGUUCCGGAAUUAUCUAUUGUGAUUCCAAUUUUUCAAUUUUAUUCAUAUUUCUUAAAAAAUUUAUAUCAUUCAAUUAUAAAUUUCAAGUUUCAAAAUUUUCAAAAAGAAAUAUCAAAAAUCAUUUUUAGUUUUUACAAAAAUGAAGGUUCAUUUUAUGAUUUUUGGUUUAGUUGUAAUAUAAUUUCAAUUUUUACUAGUAUAAUUUGGUUUUUCUUAAAAUUUAAUCAAAUAAAUUCAAAUGAUGAAAAAUCAAAUAAUGCAUUUAUGGUUUUAAUAAUUACUUCAAUUUGUCGAUUUUCAAGUGUAUUACUUAAUCAAAUUAAAACUUAUAUUAAAUCAUUCAGGUUUAAAUAUCGAUUUACUUCACCAAUACCACCACCAAGAUAUAGAGCAAAUCCACCUAUUUUACAAUUUGUACAACAAGAUAAUACUUGUAUGUUGAUUAUUACAGAAUUAAUAUUUGAAACUAAAGAAAGUCCUUCGAAAAUUGCCUUUUUAUUGAUUCAUUCUGUGUUUAGUUUAUUAGGUGUCUUUGAUUUUGAAAUUACAAAGAGAUCUAUCCCGUAUAGAAAUUACUUUUUAUUUGUAUUUGGCAUUUGUGAAAACUGGUUAUUAUUACAAUUUUGGAUUGAGAAUGGGAAAAGUCAAGCUAUUCUAUAUUCCUUAUGUUAUCUAUUAAAAUGGUAUGGUAAUACAGCUAGACAGUCAGUACUUUUAUCAAUGAAUUUGGUAUCACGGUUCUUGAUUCGAGACGAAAUCCCUAAAAAAGAGAAUACGAAACGUAUUGCAUCAUUUGGAUUCGAUUGCUUCAGUAUCAUUAGCGAUGUCAAUUAG